AUGUCCGCAAAAACGAAAAACUGUGAAACGGUUAAGGUGGUCGUGCGCUGUCGCCCGCUGAAUCGGAAAGAAGAGGCGGCGGGGUAUGAGAAAAUCGUUGAUAUGGACGUUAAACUGGGCCAGGUUGCGCUGCGGAACCCCAAAGCGGGUCCGGGCGAGCUACUGAAAACAUUCACGUUCGACGCCGUUUACGAUGCUGAUUCUAAACAGAGCGACCUCUACGACGAGACAGUGCGGCCCCUCAUUGACUCGGUGCUGCAAGGGUUCAACGGGACCAUAUUUGCUUACGGGCAGACUGGUACUGGAAAAACAUACACCAUGCAGGGUCAGUGGAUGGAUCCAGAACGGAGAGGGAUCAUCCCAAAUUCCUUUGAACAUAUUUUCACACACAUCUCCCGUUCGCAGAACCAACAGUACCUCGUACGAGCCUCAUACCUGGAGAUCUACCAAGAGGAAAUUCGUGAUUUGCUCUCCAAAGACCACAGCAGAAAGCUAGAACUCAAAGAGAGUCCCGAUUCAGGUGUGUACAUCCGUGACCUCUCCUCCUUCGUCACCAAGAACGUUAAGGAGAUCGAACAUGUGAUGAACGUUGGGAAUCAGACGCGUUCCAUCGGAUUUACCAACAUGAACGAACACAGUUCCCGCUCACACGCAAUCUUCCUCAUCACCGUGGAAUGCAGCCAGCUGGGUCCAGACGGGCAGAAUCAUAUCCGGGUGGGUAAAUUGAAUCUGGUGGAUCUGGCAGGGAGCGAGAGACAGGCCAAGACAGGGGUGCAUGGAGAUCGCCUGAAGGAGGCCACGAAAAUCAACCUUUCUCUUUCGGCGCUCGGCAAUGUUAUCUCAGCCUUGGUGGAUGGCAGGAGUUCCCACAUCCCAUACCGGGAUUCCAAACUCACACGUCUGCUCCAGGACUCACUGGGUGGGAACGCCAAAACCAUCAUGGUCGCUACUCUGGGACCUGCGGCAUACAACUACGAGGAGACCCUUACGACGCUACGCUACGCCAACCGUGCCAAGAACAUCAAAAACAAACCUCGGGUCAAUGAGGACCCCAAAGAUGCAUUGCUGAGAGAGUUCCAGGCAAAGAUCGCUGAGCUCCGAGCGCAACUCGACAAACGAGGUAUGCUGAUGAAGAGGAAAAGGAGGAGCAGGCAGCUAAAGAAAGAUGGAGAGAUAGAAGGAGAGAUAAAAGAAGAAGAGGAUGAGGAUGAGGAAACUGAGGAGAGCAUAGAGAAGGAGGCACAGGAGUAUAUGAAGGAGCAGCAGGAGAAACUGGAAAGAGAGAAGGAGGCUAUAAGAGAAGAUCAUUCCCUUGUGGCGGAGGAGAAGCAGAAACUUCUGGAAGAAAAGGAGAGGAUGAUGGAAGAUCUGAAGAAGGAGGAGGAGGCCACCAGGCUCCUCACUGCCAAGUUUAAGGCAAUGGAAAGCAAGCUGCUGGUUGGUGGGAAAACCAUCAUUGAUCACACCAAUGAACAGCAAAAGAUGCUGGAACAGAAACGACAAGAGAUCGCUGAGCAGACUCGUCGAGAGAGGGAGUACCAGCAGCAGAUGCUCCUUCAGGAUGAGGAGACCCUGGAGCUCAGAGAGACGUUUUCUACUUUACAGCAAGAGGUGGAGGCCAAGACUAAGAAACUCAAGAAGUUGUUUGCGAAGUUACAGUCAGUCAGGGCUGAGAUACAGGAUGUGAAUGAUGAGCAUGUGAGGACCAGACAGGAACUGGAGCAGACCCAAAACGAACUCACCAGAGAACUCAAAUUCAAGUACCUGAUCAUUGAGAAUUUUAUCCCUCCUGAAGAGAAAAAUAAAAUUAUGAGUCGUCUGGUGUUUGACACUGAUGAAGACCAAUGGAAGUUUCAGCCUCUUGUUCCUGUGGAAAAUAAAUUCACUCAGAUGAAGAGAAGACCAACCUCUGCCGUGGGUUACAAACGGCCGAUCAGUCAGUUCGCCAGGACCGCCAUGAUGAUGGGCGCCCACUCCAGAUACAGGGCUGAAAACAUUAUGUUUCUGGAGCUGGACAUGGCUCCGCCGACCGUGUUUCAACUGGACCUUCCCAAGGCGGGUCCAGAAGCAGAGUUAAACCAAGACCUCUUAUUGGAUAACGCUUCAUACAGGGAAAGAGCAUCCUCCAGUCGGGUCAGGAAGUCUCGUUCGUGGUGCCAGACUCCACGGGCUGUUUCCUCCUCAAGCUCCGCCCUUUCUCUGACAUCCUCAGGGUCCCAAAGCCUGCCUCAUCCUCAUAGUAACAACAUGGCAACGGCCCACCAGUGA